CUACCCACUAUGGCACGCUUCACACAACUGACAGCUUUCUUGGCAGCAGCCUCAUUAUGCAGUGCCCGCAAGCCUACACUGGCGGAGCGUGGAGUUCCAGUCAACGCUACUGGUGUGAAGACGAUCACAUCUCCUCAAGGAGCAUCGAUUAGCUUCAAGCAGCCCGGAAAAGAAGGCGUCUGCGAGACCACCGAAGGCGUCGACGACUACGCUGGAUACAUAUCACUCGACAAGACCACGAAUAUGUUCUUCUGGUUCUUCGAAGCACGCGAGAAUCCAUCGGAGAAGCCAUUGACCUUGUGGUUGAAUGGUGGCCCAGGAAGUGACUCGCUUAUAGGCCUCUUUCAAGAGCAUGGUCCUUGCAACGUUACGGAGGACCUAAAAACUCAGCUUAAUCCUUACUCAUGGAAUGAGCACUCUAACAUGCUCUACCUGAGUCAGCCAGUUGGUGUCGGCUUUUCGUACGAGACGACCGAGACCGAUGACGAAGGAAGAUACUCCCUUGUCGAUCCGGACAAGGCCAACACUACCGAUGCUGCAGCCGUUGGUGCUUGGCACAUUCUCCAAGCUUUUCUAGACCUCUCGCCGCAGCUUGAUCCGGACAUCAAGAAUUUCACCUUCAACUUGUGGACUGAAAGUUACGGUGGGCAUUACGGACCUGCUUUCUACAACUACUUCUACCAGCAGAAUGAGGCCAUCAAGAACGGCACAGUCAAGGGCGUCGAACUGCAAAUGGACACACUCGGAGUAAUCAACGGUAUAGUUGACGAGCAGAUCCAAGCACCUUACUACCCUGAGUUCGCCGUGAACAACACGUACGGCAUCAAGGCUAUUAACGACACUAUCUACACCUUCAUGAAACAAGCAUACUACAUGCCCGAAGGGUGCCACGACCAGAUCGAAUACUGCAAGCAGUCUGACCGCUCCACCGAAGAUGGUCAACUGACAUGCGCGUCUGCAACCAACCUCUGUCGUUCUUUAGUCGAAGAGCCAUAUUACGCUUUUGGCGGCCGCGGUGUGUAUGAUAUACGUCACCCAUACGAUGACCCUACACCCCCCGACUACUUUGCGGACUUCCUAAACCUUGCCUCGACCCAGCAAGCUCUUGGUGUGAACAUCAACUACACAUCCACUAGCUCCCGGCAAGUAGGCAGUGGCUUUUCAUCCACCGGCGACUUUGUCUGGCCUAAUUUCAUCGAAGAUCUUGAGGAGAUUCUUGGCUACGGCGUGCGCGUCGCACUCCUGUACGGAGACGCCGACUAUAUAUGCAAUUGGUUUGGCGGGCAAGCCGUCUCUCUCGCUGCCAACUUCAGCGAUGCCGCUGCGUUCCGGGCCGCUGGCUACACGCCCUUCCUCGUUGAUGGCGUCGAGUACGGCGAGGUUCGCGAGUACGGCAACUUUAGUUUCACCAGGAUCUACGAGGCUGGACAUGAGGUGCCGUACUAUCAACCUGUGGCUAGUUUGGAGCACUUCAAGCGAGUACUGGAUCACGUUAUUAUCGCGGAUGGAAGCAUGGUUGUUACGGAUAACUAUGGCACGAACGGAUCGGCCAAGGCGACGCAUACGGAGAGUUAUGUCAGCUUACCGCCAACGAGCACGCCCAGCGCAGCCAGUAGGGUCAAGCGCGGAAGUUUGUAGAGUAUGAUGAGCAUGAAGAACUCUUAAUGUAAUGAUCGUGAGCCAAUACUGAAGGUCAGUGGGAAUUGAACAUUGACUUCGUAGUGCCUUUG